AUGCCUGAGCCACUCACAAUCGUCACAUCCUGCUUCGGACUGUUAGGAUCCAUCGUUAACAUCUCGAAGGAACUCACGAGUUUCGUUUCGAAAGCUCGCGAGGCUCGGAAGGACAUCGAUGGGUUCCUCCGUGAGCUUCAAUCACUGAAGCUCUGUGUCGAGACACUCAAGGACGAGCAGUUUCCGUUUCCGGAAUCUCACCAGAAGCAGUUGAUCACAAUGCUGUACCACUGUGACAUAAUUGUGAGAGAGAUGGCAAAUAUAAUUCAAACGAAACAGUCGUACCACGACCCAUCCCAGAGCAACAAUAUCGCUUCUUCGUCGCCUACCUUUGUAGGAAAGAUCAAGUGGUCCUUCAAAGAUCGGGAUCAGGUCACUAGCCUGCGAGGACGCCUUGAGGCACACAAGACAACUUUGGAUAUCGUGCUGGACAUGGCUAUCAUCACGACAACGGCACAAAUCAAGGAUGACACGGGCAUGUUGAGAGAAACUACAACCCUCAUCAAAGAAGAUACAGGAUCGAUCAGAGAAGAUGCUUCGAAACUCAGACAAGAAGUUGAAAAGCUACGCAAACAGCUGGCGGCACUGUCAAGUGACCGACCAAGUGAACCACCCAUGCUGCAACGAUUUCUUGAGGAGACCUUUACAUACACCGAAAGUGUGCUCGGCGCAUCAGGAGAUGCGCCGGAUGCCGACCAUCCUUCCGAUGAAGUCAAAAGCUUUGAAAGCAAUGCCGACACUAUCUGCGCCCCAAAUGAAGUGCAAGACCCUGAUGAUUCAGCAUCAGCGCAUAUCGGAAGCCAAUCCAGGAUCAGACCUACAACCGGGCAUCACAUAAUCUCCGUGGACCCCCCACCCACUCGAGCAAAUGAAGUGGCGCAAACAGCGUCGAACAGUCCCAAGGGCCGUGAGGAGGAAUUGCUAGAAGCUAUUUGGCACCAUAGCGCAGCUGACUGCGAGCGCUUGCUCCGACAAAGAGUAAAAUUUGACGCUAGAGCCAAUGUACACAAGAUAUUGAGUACAAAGCCUGACUGCAGCAAGGAACACAUCGCAGUGCUGAGAAUCCUGGCGACUUACAACCAUCGUCCUGAGUACAGCAAAGCGAUAGUGCAAUACGCCGCUCUGGCCACCAACGAGAGGCCAUAUGAGUUCGAUGUUGUUGAGUAUCUUGCAAGCUGUGGAGCAGAUGUGAAGGCAAAGCUGGAUCAAGAUACGGUGAAGGCACUUUGUGAGCUAUCGGAACGAUCUUGGGCUACUCUUAGAAUAGCUCAGAACGACUCGAACUUGGAGUUUGUGGCCAGAUACCGCACCGGGGUUGGCUGGAUUCCGCGCCUCAUUGCUCUGGAUCGCACCAUCGUUGCAGAUAUCAACCAGAACUUUUCGGUCCGACUCCAGCUUCUCUUGACACCAAUCUGGUCGGAUAAUGUGCCAGCAAUAACGGAGCUGAUCAGCAGGGGAAUAUCAGUCGCUUGGCCUAUGGCUUUCGAGUUAUAUGUUGCCGCAGUCAGGACGACAGCGAGAUGGCUAACAUUAGACAAUAGACUCUGGGAGAAGUGGAAGGACCGCCAUAUCGGAAACGAUCGUAGAGACCACGCGGAAGAGCUGGCCCGGCGGCAUGGCCUAGAGAUCAAGACGACUAGACAGGGCGGCAGCAAUGAUGGUGAGGAAUUGGUUUUGCGUUGCAAAGCUCACCAGGUGCUCCUGUAUGCUUAUGGUGAUGAAGUGCUGCGAGCGCUGUUGUCAGGCCAAUGGCAGCGACCCGCAGGUGCAGAGCAAUUUUCCGAUCCUGGGGAAACGCUCGUAUAUGAGCGACUCGAGGCUCUCUCGAGUGGGAAUUCGAAGGCUGUCUCCCCACCGUUACUAGAAUGGUUUUAUGCGCCUCCUCCGGUGUCAGCGCCAUGUCCCAAGCUUGAGCGACCAAGUCAAGCUCAAACCAAAUCACAAGUCACAGAGCCUACUCGACCGAUCACCUACCUCACGACAACCAGUUGUACGUACCGCUCGGCGAAGCCGUGGUCGCGCAACCGAUUGUAA